UUUCAACCUGUGGUUUCAAGAGACACAUGUCAACCUCUUGAAUGCAGUCGGUAUCUGGUUAGUGGAUUUGUCAAUGAUUUUGAGGUUAAUUACAAUAUAAUGAAAAAAUUUAAUGAUUUCACCAUUGGCGAAAUUACACAUAGUCGGAAGUGGUAUGAGGAAUAUCAGAAGAUAGAAGGACCUUGCAAACACUCAAAAUCUGAGGCAGAUGUUUUGCAUCUACGGGAUGAAGGUAAGAAGUACCUGGACGCGGAAACCGCCGCCUUUCAGUUGAAACAAUCCAAAUCGCACGAUUCGGAGAUGAAAUGGUUGAAAAUGGCGUUGCAACGGGGUACCACAUCGGACAAGGUAGCCGCCAACAUAGUGCUGGUGCAGGACAAUCCGAAAUGCAAUCUUGGCCGGCUUGUAUCUUUGGUGUCUCAGGUACGAGGCGCCAAGCAUAAUCAAUGUGCCAUGGUCAUCGCAUCGUUGAAGGAACUCUUUCUGACUGAUCUACUGCAUCCUAAAUUCAAGCUGUUGAAACUGGAGGAACAGGAUCUGGAUAGACUUGAUAUAAAAACUGAAUCGGAUCCCAUUAUUAAAACAAAUGCUGCCAGGAACAAAUUGUUGGCGCAUUGGUAUUUUGAAGACCAGCUACGUGAGCAAUACGAACGUUUCGUUCUGAAUCUGUCUGCAGUGGCCUCAGAUACAGUAGACACAAACAGGGAGAAAGCCAUAUGUACAAUGACCGAUUUGCUGAUAAGCAAUGCUGAACAGGAACAUAAGCUAUUGGAGUUGCUCGUGAAUAAAAUUGGCGACCCGAGCAGUAAAGUCGGAUCCAAAGCUGUGUUUUGUAUUAAUAAAUUGUUGCAUGAGCAUCCAAACAUGAAACUCAUAGUUCUGCGCGAAGUUGAGAAGCUGUUAUUCAGGAAAAAUGUGUCCCAACGUACUCAGUAUUACGCUAUAUGUCUGUUGGCGCAAUAUGUCUUGAAUCGAAAUGAUGAGGAGAUAGCUGCUACACUGAUUGAAGUAUAUUUUGCAUUUUUCAAAGCAUGUUUAAAAAAAGGCGAACCCGACAGUAGAAUGAUGGCAGCAAUUCUAAUGGGUGUUAAUAGAGCAUAUCCUUUUGCUAAGAUAGAUUCGAAAAUAAUAAACGAACACAUUGAUUCCAUUUACAAAGUUGUACAUCUAGGAUCGUUUAAUGUUUCGCUCAAUGCACUUAGUUUGUUACAUCAAAUAACAGGCAAAGAUGAGUCUCAAGCGAGUCGAUUUUAUUCAGCCUUUUAAAAACUAUUCGAUCGGCAGAUAGGAGUGACAAAUAGACACGCGGUGUUUCUUAACUUAUUGUACAGAGUCCUUCAAAGUGAUCACAGUAUAUUACGUUUAUAUGCCUUUAUCAAAAGAAUUUUGCAAAUUACGUGCUAUUUUCCCUCGAAUGUGGCUUGUGCCAUGCUAUACGUGGUUUCAAAGAUUCUUCAAGGACGCAAAGAUCUGCGACAUAUGUUGUUUAAAUCGCAUAAGCCUAUCAAAAUCGAAAAAGACAUAUACGAGAUAAAUGACAGCUCAUCGGAAACGGAGGACAUUCAUGUAAUAGAGAAUGAAGCGGAAGUAAACAAUAAAGUGAAAGAAGAAAACACUAUUAUGUUAUCAAACAUCACGGUCGGUGAAGAUAUCGCGUCGGAAAAGCUUGACGUAAAAAAAGAGACCGAUGUGAAAGUUGAAGCGCAAGAUGUAAAGUCGUACGAUCCCUUCUGUCGAAAUCCACUUUAUGCAGGGGCAGGCAAAGGACUCGAUACCGAACUUGAAGCACUGUCUAGGCAUUUCCAUCCGAGUGUCGCUUUAUUCGCGAAUCAAAUUAUUCAAGGGAAAUCGAUUGAGUACACAGGCGAUCCUUUGGAGGAUUUGACAUUGAUUCGCUUCCUAGACCGCUAUGUUUUUAAGAAUCCGAAGAAGUUGGAAGAAAAAAAAGUUCAGAAGAAGAACGAUCCUUUAGCGCAGCGCGCUGGAUAUACACCUAAGGGUGUACGAUCCCUUCCAGUUGACAGCGCGGCAUAUCUCGAGGAAAGCGAGGAGCGAAUACCGGUAGAUGAAUUAUUUUUAUAUCAAUAUUUGAAGCAGAAGAACGAGUUGAAGAAACGCAUUAAGAAGGAAGAUGAAAGUGACGAAGAUGACGAAGACGCAGAGAGUGUUAACAGUGAAGAGUUCAACGAUAUGUUAGAUCGUAUGGGCGGUAGCCAAGAUUUCGAUGAUUUAGAUAUUGCGGCGGAUAUCGUGCCUAAGAAAAAUAAAGGAAAAAGGAAUGAAGAUUCAGAUGAGGAUGAAGAUGAGAAUGAAGAUGAUGAAGAUGAUGAAGAUGAUGAUGAAAAUGAAGAGAACGAUGAUCAAUCUGAAGAUGAUAUUACUGAAGAUAUAUCUGAUCUCAAUGAAGGUGAUGAAGAUCUACAAAAUUUAAGUGAUAUCGAUCUUGCGGAUGUAGACAACGAAGAUCUGAGCGAUAUGGAAUUUGGUUCUGAGAAUGAAGAGAGUCUAGAUAACGAAUUAAUGUUGAAUUUGAAUAAAAAGUUGAAGGUAAAAAAUUCCAAGAAUAAAGGCAAGAAAAAGGGAAGAGGAAUUGACAGCGAUAUAUUCGUAUCUGCGGAAAAGUUCGCCGAGAUGUUGGAGGAACAAAGUAAAACGAAAGGAAAGCAUGGUGGCAGUAACGUUUUCGACAGCAGUGAUGGCGCUAGUGCUAAACAGAUAGAUUGGGAAGUGAAACGACAUCAGCGGUUGAAGGGAUCAUUUGGCAAAAAGCGAAGAUCCGCUCGAUCAUCGAACAAUAACAGAGUUAAAAAAUUCAAACGAUAAAUAUGUUAUAAACACAUUUCAUAAAAACAAUUAUACAUUUGUAUACAAUAAAUUUCUGAUGUUUCUUUCAUUCUAAGGCAAUACUAUAAACAAUAUGAAAACGGACAACACGCAUUUAAUUGUAUUUAAUCAUAUAAAAGCACUUAUUUCUCUUUGAGACAAGUGUUAAUUACUAUGAUAUUUAUUUGAUCGUUUAUACGUGCAAUAGUUUAUGGUGCAGACAUAUUUUCUUUGUGAUAAAGUUAAGGUAAUUCUGUUAAUAGAAUGUAAUAUUGCAAUUCGAAAUUAAAAAUUUUUAAUUUUUAAGAUAAAA